AUGGCCUCCUCCUCCUCCCCUCGCCGCGCCCUCCUCAACCACGUCCACCAACUCCGCACCUACCUCUCCUUUUCCCCCGAGCAAAAAGCCCGCCGCCCCGUCCCAUUUGUCCGCUGCGACAUCUGCCGCUCCGAAACAGGCGAGAUCAUCACCCCCGCGACCCCCGGCUCGGCAUUGACAACCUUCCCCCUCAGCCCGACGGACCGCGUCCGCGCUGGUCUUGUCUUGCCGUGCGGCCACAUGUUCCACACCGAAUGCUGGGACCCCUACCCAGCCACGUUCCGCGGCAAGGGCGCCAUCACCUGCCCGCGCUGCCGCCUCCGGCUCAACUUCUCGGAGAUGGAACGCAAUAGAUGUGCUGAUCUCCCCUGGCGGUACCACAUGCCCGAACCGGACAACCCCAGCUGGAAGUGGGAGAUUGAGAAAAUCCCAAAGACGGCGCAGGAGUAUAUCCUCGAGGGGAGGGAGGCCGAGUUUGAGUUGGGGGCCAUGUGCAACGUUGACAGGUUGAUCGGGGCGAGUUUGCUGGGGGAGAAUAUCGAGGUGGAGAGGGACUUGGUCGAGGGGAGGGGGCAGAGGGUUGAGUUGAGCAAGUUGGUGGACAAGGUGAGGGCGGAUGGGUGGUUUUUUGAGGAGGAGAUUGAUCUUGCUUUUCCGGGGUGGUUGCCGAGGAUGGAGGUGGGGGAUAUAAGGCGGGAGCCGCCGAGGGGGGAGGAGGAGGAUUGGGUGGAGGGGCGGUUGAAGAGGUUGAUGAGGAGGGAGGGGUACACUUGGAGGGGGGAGCCGCCGACGGGGAGCAGGAGAAGGGGCCGUAAUUUGUGGAAUAUUGGUGGGGAUUAUGAUGAGGAUGAUGAGGAUGAUGAGGAUGAUGAUGAGGAUGAUGAGGAUGAUGAUGAGGAUGAUGAGGAUGAUGAUGAUGAGGAGGAGGUGGAGGAGGAGGAGGAUAGUGAGAUGGAUGAUGAGGAUGAGUAG